AUGGCAACGGAUCGCGAAGAUGCAGCCGUGCAGAAGAACGCGACCGUCUCCAAAGGAGACCCGGAACAGGAAUCCUCGAGGGAUGCUCAGGUUUUGGAAAACUUGGGCUACAAACCAGUCCUGCACAGAACUUUCAACACGUUCCACAACUUCGCGACAACAUUUGGUAGGGACGACGCAGAACAUUCCACGAAGACGGUGGAGGCUAACCUCAUCAAGCUGCACUAUACUUCAUUGGCGGUGACGAGUUUCCUCGUAACUUGCGUCUUUACUUUCAUAACAGCAGCAGUAAUUGCAGAGAUUUGCUCCUCACUCCCACUCGCCGGAUCUAUCUAUCUGCGGGCGGCUGAAGCUGGUGGUCCUCGUUUCGGCCGACUCUUUGGGUUCAUCGUUGCUUGGUGGAGCACGACUGCAUGGACGACAUUCUGCGCGAGCAACACGCAAUCUGCAGUCAACUACAUUUUAUCGGAAAUUGUCGUGUUCAAUCUCGACUUCCCGUCUGAUACAUCGAGCGUGAAGUUUCGUGCUGUUCAGUGGAUCACAACAGAAGUCAUGCUGGCGUUGGCAGCUAUUUGGAACCUCCUACCACCCCGUUACUUCAAGUGGAUCUUCUACCUAUCAACCUCGAUCGUUCUCCUCGACUUCGUCUUAAAUAUGAUUUGGCUGCCAGUCGCGGCGAGCAACAGUAUCUACGGCUUCAGAUCCGCCCAUGACGCCUUCAUGACCACCUACAAUGGGACGGGAGCCCCGGAAGGGUGGAACUGGUGCCUGUCUUAUCUUGCCACUGCGGGAAUCCUCAUCGGAUUUGAUGCUUCAGGUCAUGUUGCUGAGGAGACAAAGAACGCCAGCGUUGCAGCAGCUCGAGGCAUCUUCUGGAGCACGGUGACCAGCGGCAUUGGUGGCUUUAUUGUCGUCAUUCUUUUCUUGUUCUGUGUCCCUGACGCAGACACACUCUUCUCCUUUGGUGGCACGCAGCCAUUCGUGCCCCUCUACGCAGCCAUCCUGGGCGAAGGUGGACACAUCUUCAUGAACAUUGUCUGCACAGUGGCAUUGUGGUUUAACACUGCUAUUGCUAUCCUCGCAGCAUCUCGUCUCGUCUUUGCGGUUGCUCGUGAUGGUGUUCUGCCUUGGUCACCCUGGGUAGCGCGAGUUGUCGACGGGCAGCCCCGGAACGCUGUGCUUGUCGUUUGGGGAGUUUCUUCCUUGAUCACAUGCACGAUCCUCCCAUCGUCGGUCGCUUUCACCUCACUCGUGUCGGCAGCAGGUGUUCCCUCGGCCGCAGCUUACGGUUUGAUUUGCCUUGGUCGUCUCUUUCUGACGCCCAAACAAUUCCCAAAGCCGGCGUGGAGUCUGGGAAGACUGAGCAAGCCAUUUCAGGCCAUUGCUGUGUUGUGGAAUGGGUGGGUAGUGGCGGUGCUUUUCUCGCCCUACGUCUUCCCCGUCGAGGCCGCCACUCUGAACUAUGCCCCAGUCAUCAUGGGUAUUGUGACAAUAUUCGCCAUACUCUCCUGGUGGUUUAUACCGGCUGAAAGCUGGCUGCCAUCUCAACGCAUUCAAGAGACGCUUCUCGCUGGGGAACGGGAGACAGAACAUUGA